UGAAAGACAUUCGGUUAGAUGGUGUCUAGUACAGUAGAUAUGCUACUUACAGUACACAUGUGUGUAAGACUUAGAAAUUGUAUAACCCCGUUCAAACCAAUUAGUAAAUUCCUUUAUUGCGUCUAAUUUGCAAAUGACUACUAAGACUAAAUACAGAAUAGAUAACUGGGAGCAUUCUCUCUGAAAGGUAAGCAACCAGUCUAGUUAGAGGUAGCCUAUUCCAUGGAGCUACCCAACGCUGUCGUGGAUAUGAAUACCCUGUGGACAAUAUAAUCGAUCAAUAUGGGAUUCUUUAAGGCGGGACACGGUAGAAAUUAAUCUGUACCACGGCACAUUCCCGACAGCAAACGACGAUAAGACCUAAGAGGCACUCCCUGGCUGUCUGGCGCGCGUAGAGAUGCGCGUGGGGGGAUGCCCGGUGAUUUCCUACCGCUGUAGAAUCCUAAUGUGCACCACGCUGCGUUAUUACCUCUGCUGCGGCUCGCGAACCGCCUGUCAGGUUACCGGCGUCGAGCCUCACACUACAGGCACGGGACGAAACUGCGCGUUGCGCCGGAGGUUUCUGCUUUUAAUUGCUCCCGUUCCUUCGUUUUCUUCUAGAAGGCAUAAACUACCGUGGAACUGAAUGUUUUAUGAAGAAUACGUGUUCCGGAGCUUUGUUUUUUUUCUUUAAGCUUUUCUCGCUUUUCAUAUUCUUGUUUCAUCAAGUGAGAUUGAGGGCGAAGUAGAGAAGAGGAUAGCAUGGGCGAAACCCUGGGGUUUUGUCUGUAAUUCGAAAUGGACCCGGUCUUGUCACGGCGAGCCAAAGACGAUGAGGCCGGGCCGGGCGAGCCGGGGCGGGGUCCAGUGAGGAUGAGCGUGCGUCUCCUGUGGGACGACCCGCUGCACCUCACCUGGACGAUGGAGGCGGAGCCCUUCACCUCCACGCUGCUGCGGUCGGGGGGCCCCGUGCUCGACCCCGGCAUGACCCUGGAGCAGAAGACCACCUUCGUCUUCGUCAUCUUCCUCUUCAUCUUCCUGGGCAUCCUGAUCAUCCGCUGCUUCCGCAUCCUGCUGGACCCCUACCGCAGCAUGCCCACCUCCACCUGGGGCGACGGCCUGGACGGCCUGGAGAAGGGCCAGUUCGACUACGCCCUGGCGUAGAGAAGGGGCCGCCCCCGUGGGGGCCCCCCAGUUUCUGGCAGGAGUCUCCGCCUCCUCCCUGUCGCCGUCAACGCAGAGCGCUCGGAAACGUGAGCAUCAGACAGCGCCCGCUAUGUGACUGACCCGCUGUCCUUUCCUGUGACCGCUCACGGAAAAGAUCGGAUUUCUUGCGUAGGGUAGUACUGCAGCUUAUCCACGUACGCUGUGACCGAACCACCCUGCUGCGGUAGGAACCGCGAGGUUCGCCCACAGUUACAUCCUAAAUGUCCCCGGUCACAUACCGCUUCGUGUGACAUUGAACCGUUCCUCUAAUAAAUCACAGUUGCGCGCGCUCUCCGGUGAAGGUGAAGAGACAUUGAUCAACGGCAGAACUGCAAAGGACGUUUGGUUAACAUCCACCCGGUCCCAUUAGGACUAGGCCCCAGUGGCCGUAAAUUACAAAUCAAGUUGGGGUAACCCUGCGCGGAUUGGCCUGAUCAAUCACAAUUGGUGUUGCUCUGUGUUUCUAAUUUUUCCAUUGGCAAGAGAGUGAAAUGUCUUGAAUCCCAGGGGGCCAAUCGGGGUAUUAAACGGAUGGAGCUUCCAUAACGAACUACAGCAAAUGCUGUCCACUCCGUGCUCUGUUUUUUUUUUUCUGCAUUCAAUCAUACUUAGAGGUUUGUCUGAAGGUAGGGAUUCGGCUUGCGAUUGUGGUAAGUGAUGCCGUUACUUUAUCUGCUUGUCCAAAAAUUUGCCCCCACAAAUCAAUAUUUGGACAAACAGUGGAAUGAUGAGUAAUUUCUUCUCCUUCGGACUUUGAAGCGUACGCCCCGCCCUGUGCCAGGAACACCAUUUAAUCCCUUGAAGCCUGUCAUUAAAACUAUAUUAGUUUACACA